CACCCCCGGAGCGGUGCAUUGGGUCAGGUCGAACAAAAUUGUCCCCCGCGUCCCAGCGACACGAGGCCCGGCCGCCACCUGCUCCCCCGGGAGCACCUGCAGCUCAGGAGGGGCCUCGGAAGCACGGGGCACCCCCCCCCCCCGCCCACGGAGGAGUGAGCCCCGAAAACGGCGCCACCUGUGCCCAGGGUGGCGGGAAGACUGUAACGUGGGAACUCCCCCACCUAGCCAAGCAAAAUGAAGGUUGUACUUGUUGAGCCUGCCAUUUGCCUCAGUGCAUUUGCUCUGACUUUAACGUCUCCACUCACAACACAGUACGUGUACAGGAGAAUAUGGAACGAGACGAGUAACUACAGCAUUGCACUUGAGAGUAAUAUUUCACAGUGUGAAAAGAAUAAAAGCAACCCGUUUUUCAUAUUUCAGGAGGAAGUUCAGAAAAAAGUGUCUCUUUUCAGUCUGCAAAUGGACAUGAGUGGAUUGAUUCCAGGCCUGGUGUCUACAUUCAUACUUCUGUCUUACAGUGAUCACCAAGGACGAAAGUUUCCAAUGAUUUUGUCUUCUGUUGGUGCUCUUGCAACCAGUAUUUGGCUCUGUUUGCUUUCCUAUUUUGCCUUUCCAUUUCAGCUUUUGAUAGCAUCUUCCUUUAUUGCUGCAUUUUGUGGCAAUUCCACCACAUUUUUGGGAGCCUGUUUUGCCUACAUAGUUGACCAAUGCAAAGAACAGAAACAAAAAACUAUUCGAAUAGCAAUAACUGAUUUUAUACUUGGACUUGUUACUGGAUUAACGGGACUGUCUUCUGGCUAUUUUAUUAGAGAACUAGGCUUCGUGUGGUCAUUUUUAAUUAUCGCAAUGGUUCUUACUGUCAACUUAGUUUAUAUUGUAUUUUUCCUUGAUGACUCAAAGACAGAGUCUUCAUCUCAGAGUGGGUCCAGAUCAUGUAGUGAGGGCUUAAAAAACCUGCUUUCCCAAACUUACAUGCUUUUUAAAAAUGCUUCUGGGAAGCAGCGAUCUUUGCUCGGUUUGUUACUUUUUACAAUGAUGAGUUAUUUUUUCGUGAUAAUAGGUACUUCCCCCAUUUUUAUCCUAUAUGAAUUAGAUUCACCACUCUGCUGGAAUGAAGUUUUUAUAGGUUAUGGAUCAGCUUUGGGUAGUAUCUCUUUUUUGAGUAGUUUCCUGGGAAUAUGGCUUUUCUCUUACUUUAUGGAAGAUAUUCACAUGGCCUUCAUUGGAAUUUUGACCACCAUGGUGGGAAUGGCUAUGACAGCCUUUGCCAGAACAACACUGAUGAUGUUUUUAGUCAGGCUGCCGUUCCUUUUCACUAUUGUCCCCCUGUCUGUCCUGAGGUCCAUGAUGUCAAAAGUGGUUCGUUCUACUGAACAAGGUACACUGUUUGCUUGUAUUGCUUUCUUGGAAACACUCAGUGGAGCCACAGCAAUUACUGUCUUCAAUGGGAUUUAUUCAGCCACUGUUGGCUGGUAUCCAGGCUUCAUCUUUCUGCUGUCUGCGGUUCUACUCUUAAUCCCAGCAAUGAGUCUGUGCGUUGUCAAGUGCUCCAACUGGAAUGAAGGAAGCUACGUCGUUCUGACACAAGAGGAAUCCAAUGAAGACACUUCGGACAGAUGAUUGAUGAACUGAGAUUCUUUUAUUUUUUUUUUUAAAAAGCACAUAUCACUAACUCCACAAUCAGUACUUCAUGACUAAUUAAUAAGUGAUGUGUUCUUUCUUCUUUAUAGUCAUAGAAGUCAUUCCUGGCUAUAGCUUCUAGAAGUACUAUGCACUUUAAGCACUUUAUGAAUAUCAUGUGAUCUAUUUCUAAUACAUAGAACAAAUAUCAUUUUUGAUUUAUGAAAGGAACAAGCUGGAUGAUACACAGAAGGAUUGAGAAGUGAUGCACUCUAAAGCAAUAAUCCCCUUUAUCUCCUCUAGUCUUACUUUAAGACAAAGGAGAACUCUUUACCUCAGUUUCUUGAUUUGAAAAAUGGGUUUCUAGCCACUCUCAGGGAUUAUGAAGGCAAACCAUAAAAAUUCUGAUGUAUCAUUCACCAACAGAAAAGUAAUGAUAAGAGUUUCAAAUAUUUAUGUUCUUAACCUCUGUUUGAAUAAUGCUUUUAAUAGAGCCCAUCCAGGUGCUAUUCAUAAAUUCAAGAAAUUUAUUUAAUACAAUAUUUGAAAGAGAAGUCCACUAAGAAGAUAUAUUUUCACUUUAUCUAAUAUGUUUAACUGAUAACAGGCAGGAUAAUAUUCCUAUGGUCACACAGGAAUAACCGGAUAACAAAUGAAAUUGUUUCUAAAUACAUACCAAAACGAUGUGAGAACAACUAAUUGUGAAGUAAGCAAUAUAAUAAACCCAAAAGUCAUUCCUUGACUCUGCAAAGGAUAUCCUUGUUCUGUCAUAUUUCUUCUUCUGUCACACUUAUCCUGGGGUCUACCCUGAUCUCUGGAAAGCCAAAAUUCUCUCCUGCUUCCUCUCUUAGAAAUCUUUGAGUCUCCAUCAAAGCAGUGCAUUUUCUUUGUAGCCUUCUUGACAUUUCCUCCCCUCAUGCCAUCUCUCUUUCCCCAGGUCACCAUUGCAUGUACUUUGAUGCUAGCACUUCCUGCCCUCUUGUGAUACGUGGUCCCCAUACUGGGUGAUGAGUGCUUUAGGACAGGGCCAAUCUUCAAUUCUUCAUUGUAUCCUCAAUAAAUGUAGGUUGAA